AUGAUUAAUUGCUAUUUACAUACACAGUUACUGGCCGUGCAACAAAUUGGCGCGAGCUAUAUAUGCCCCGACAACUUCUUAUGCGUGCUAAAUCUACACGUGGUCUACCAAUUUCGUAUGCUGCAGAACACGUUAGUGAAUCUAUGGUCGAACAUCGACGAGCGAACAGAUAUCGUCGAGUACUCGAACGAAUGCUACGUAAUGUUGGAAAAAUGCAUCCCAAAACAUCAAUCGUUGAUCGAAUUCAGCGCUAAACUCGACGACAUUUACACACUGCCGAUCCUCAGCCACAUGGUUAUCUUUAGCGUGCUGAUGUAUUUCGACACGUACGAGGUCAUUCUGGCGGACGUAUCUCCCGGGACACGACUCAUUUUCUUCUUCCACAUGAUCGGCAGUUUUACCCACAUCAUUUUUUUCACGUAUAUCUGCAAUGGUUUAGUAGAGGAAAGCACGAAUAUUAGCACGGCAUCGUAUUCAGGAUGGUGGAUGAUUCUUCCAAUGACCGAAACAGGCAGGAAGAUACGGAAGGAUACGAGGAUAAUGAUCAUGAAAUCGAUGCGACCGUGUUAUCUGUCCGCCGGAGGAUUCUUUCCCGUCACUUUGGAAACAUCUACCGCGCUUAUAAGCUCGACGAUGUCAUACUUCACUCUCAUGAGAGAAUCAUCUAUAAAAGCAGCAGCGGAAUAGUUAACC